AUGGUGCAGGUAGGUGUUGGAACUCCAGCCACAGGAGUGUUCUUGCUUCUAGACACCGGCGGUGGCCUAAUCUGGACGCAGUGCCUACCUUGCUUAAACUGCUACCCCCAAAGAACUCCCAUGUUCGACUCGAGUAAAUCCAGCACGUAUCAAAAGCUUCCUUGCAGCCACCCUUUUUGUCAGGGAGACCAUCCCCUCUACCAAUGUGUCAGUAAUGAAUGUGUCUACAAUAUUAACUACGGUGGAGGGGCAUCAACUGCAGGCAUCGCUUCCAUAGAAACAUUCACAUUCCCCGUUGACACCGCCACAACUGUAAGACUUGGUCCAGUUGUUUUCGGCUGCUCAAAGUAUACCAAAAACGUUCAAUUUGCCAAAGGUGGUGCCAUUUCAGGGAUCUUGGGAUUGAGCUUGUCUCCGGAUUCGUUGGCUUCACAAUUGGGUGCAGUGACACAGAAACGUUUCUCAUAUUGCUUAGUACCGUUCACUCAAGCACAGCAGGCACCAAGUCUUGUAAGGUUUGGGGAUGAUAUUCCCCACCCAUCCUCAAAUAUUCAGAUAACUCCUUUUGUACCUACACCCGGAUCUCAUUACUUUCAGUUAAAUUUGUUGGAUAUAAGUGUCGGAUUUAACAAGCUAGGGUUACCCCCGGGUACCUUUGCCGUGGCGCCAGACGGUUCAGGCGGCUGCAUCAUCGACUCCGGUGCGCUGAUUCCUCAGAUCAAUCAAAAUGUUGUAGGAGGAAUCAAUGCCUACAGGAAGGUGAUGUUUGCAUUUCAAAGCUUCUAUAAUUCUUUCCAGCAGCUUACCAGGAUCGGUAAAGUGCCUCAAGGGUUUGCAUUGUGUUAUAAGUAUCCUCCAGAUUUCAAUCAAUUCACCACUAUGACAUAUCAUUUUGAGGAUGCGGAUUAUACUGUGGAUUCCAAGUAUGUGAAUUUUUAUGACGAGCAGGGAGGCUACUUUUGA